GAGCUGCACUCUUACUCAGUCCACAGAAACGCGGGCGGAGACUGCAACUGAUCUGGGAGCGGAAGUGAUAGUAAACACACUCCAUGCUUCACAUCCGCGUUAACCACUGCCUACGAACAGAAAGCUGUUCCACAUGGUUGUGUUUCUUGUUGAGCAACGAAUAUAGAGGAUUGGAAAUGCCUGAGGUUGGUUCCUGACAUCAUUUUACUUUGCUAAAAUUGAAAAUUCUGCUUUGUUUAAUUAGUUUGUUUAUAUUUUAAUCCUGAAGGGCGGCGUAACCUUUUGGUCAGCAGCAGCGGCAGCACUAUAGAAGCAGAUUAAUCAUAUUUUCUUAAGGAAAUAAUGAAUCAUCUGUUAAAAGCGACGCACAGCGUUGAAGUGAAUUAAUCUAGCUGCUCUUAUUUUGUUUCCCAGCGGGUGUUUAGCUGAUUUUGCUUGUCAGCCAAGCCUGAACAGUUUGACAAUUCCCCAAAACGGUUCUAAAACCAUCAAACCAGGUUGGAUUAAACUGUUUUUAAGGCAUAUUUGAGCAAAUAAUUAAAGACAAAUAUGCAGGCGUGGAAAACAGUUUUCAAAGUCUUCCUGGCCUCCAACAGAACUAGGAAUAGAUGUUGUUUGUUAGGGCUGAAGGAAUUAUACUUUACACCUUUCACACAACAUGCGGCCUAUAGUUGCACAACAGCACUUUUCAAUCCAAGAGACAAGUCAGAUGAGAGAUUUACCUCUAGUAAAAUCAAAAAGACAUUUUUUUCUAAGCAGCAUAAAUAUGCUGCUAACAGAGAUGAUAAUCUCAAACCAGCAAAAGCGCAAAGGGGAAAAGUGUCAUCAGAGCUUCAGAAACUAAGGUUUGAAGAUUUCAGUGAGUCAGAAACCGGAAGGGUUUUGAGACAUAAUCUAAAAGAAUCUGAGUCCACUGAAGGUAAAGAGUUAGAGAUUGUGUUCGGUGCGGCCCCGUGUUUGCUGGCCCUCACACAAAGCAGGAGGAAGCCGAGUCGUCUCUUUGUAAAGAACGGAGAGGGGCCACAGAGAGAAGUGAUUUUGAGGGUCUGUCAGGAGGCUGUCAGACGGGGCGUGCAGAUACAGCGAGUCAGUAAACAGACACUUGACAAGAUGUGCGGCGGUAAGGUGCACCAGGGCUUGUGUCUGCAGGCAAGUCCUCUUGGGUUUAUCACUGAGGAAAGGCCGAUGACAUCUCAUGAGGUGAAGAAUCCCAGGCCGCUAUGGCUGGUUUUGGAUGCAGUGCAGGAUCCGAUGAAUCUUGGUGCCAUUUUGCGGUCAGCGUAUUUCCUGGGAGUGGAUCGAAUUGCCAGCAGCAUUCAUAACAGCUGUCCUCUGACGCCCACAGUGAGUAAAGCCAGUGCUGGUGUGAUGGAGGUCAUGGAGGUGUUUGGCUACAGGAACUUGAAAGAUAUGAUUAAGGUGAAAGCAGAAGAAGGUUGGCAAGUAGUUGGCACUGUUGGGUUAGAGCAAUGCAGUUCUGAAUCCGCCGUUGUGCCAUGUUCAGACUUCAAGAUGUCCAGACCUACACUCCUGUUAAUGGGUGGAGAGGGUUACGGUCUGUCUCCAGAACUGCAUCAGAUGUGUGACGUCCUUCUCACCAUUCCUCCUCACAGAAACCUGCACCCUGGGGUAGAUUCACUCAAUGUGUCUGUAGCCACAGGCAUUCUGCUGCACUCUCUUCUGUCCACACGCACAGGAAGCUGAUGAUGAUGAUGGUAACAACGACAAGGCAGCGGCAUUAUUUACUCCGGGGUCUCUUAUUAGCCCCCUACAGUGAUUAAUGACUGGAUUACUUCAUCAAUUAACAGUCUGAGAGUCUGGAGAGGCUCACGGAUCAGAUGCAUUCUGGACCAGCUACUGACUAUAUGACCACUUUGUUUAAGACAACACCUGUGCUACACAUGGUCUCUAUCAUCUCAGGGAAAACAGGCUAGUAUAAACGGAUAUGUAAUCUUUAAAUAUUCACCUUCUUCAUGAAACAGGUUAAUUAGUUCCUGUGUUUAUCAUUGCAAACAUUUGACAUAAGAUGAAAAGUUCUGCUAAUUUAAUGAAAAAUAAAUCUAUAUGGUUAUGUUUAUUGAUAUUACUUUAAAAAUACCCAUGAAAGCUAGAGAUGUAGGUUAUAAUUAGUAGUUUAUAUACUCCGUUGUAUCUAUAUUUUCAUUUAUAAAUUUGGCAUUUGCCUAA